CACCCUCCCUUGUUCUCCGUCUACGUUGCGGUAUGCAGAUCUUCGUCAAGACGCUCACGGGCAAGACGAUUACGUUGGAGGUGGAGUCUUCUGACACCAUCGAUAAUGCCAGUGUGAAGGCGAAGAUCCAAGACAAGGAGGGCAUUCCUCGAAGACAGGCGCACCCUUUCCGACUACAACAUUCAGAAGGAGUCUACCCUUCACCUCGUUCUCCGUCUUCGUGGCGGUAUGCAAAUCUUUGUCAAGACCCUCCGUACGACCUUGUACCCAUUAUUGCAAGAACUUCAUGGCUCAACUCAGCGCCUGCUAACUUGACAAAGGAUUGUUGUUUCAUGUCUCGCAGCGGUAACAUCGAAGAAUAUCUCCUACUUGUUAUUUCUGGGUAGCAUGCACAUGUCCGUUUCUUCGAAACAAGUAAGUCAGUCCAGUGCUUCAAACACUUUGCAUAUUACAUAUCAUGUAUAUAUUGCCUAGAAUGAUAAUAUAGCACCGCAGAUGGCAUUACAUAUAGCGAAGUUACAUCGCCCAGAUUCAUCUUUCCAUCGGAUUACCCCACGAACUAGAAACCCCACAUUCAUCCGUGUGGUCCAACGUCACCAAGGGCUCGACAUAUGCACAUAUGUCGAGUUCUAUGUCACCAGUGCGCGCACCGUUGAACGAUCUGAGUCCAAAUUCAGGAUCAAUG